AUGGCUAUGGCUGGACCUAUGACUGGAGACAAUCCCAUUGUUGGAAGAGAACCAGAGAAAGGAAACUUGGAUUCCCAUCCCAGGUCUGCCAAGGACAUAAAGGAUGACCCUGAGAAAGUCAUUUUAACCGCCUUCUGCCUCACAUUCACUAUCUGUAAAAUGGGGUUAACCUACGUACCUGAAAGAAUUCAUGGCUGCUGGUUUUCUAUGGAACAUGGGCUGGGGCUGAAAAAGUGCUACGCCUUCACCAUUAAUCAAUCAUGUAAGGUGUUGAGGUUCCAGAAUGGGUGCCAGGGCUUUACCCACAGGACCCAUAGCCAAACUUUGGCAGAAGACUUCAGCAUGGAGUAUGACAAGGAGUUUUCCCCUCACCAGCAGCACCACAAAGAGUUCAAGUUCAACUUGUCCCAGAUUCCUGAGGGCGAGGCGGUGACAGCAGCCGAGUUCCGGAUCUACAAAGACUGUGUCGUGGAGGGCUUCAAAAAUCAAACUUUCCUUAUCAGCAUUUACCAAGUCCUGCAGGAGCAUCAGCACAGAGACUCCGAUCUGUUUUUGCUGGACACCAGAGCGGUUUGGGCCCCAGAGGAGGGCUGGCUGGAGUUUGACAUCACUGCCACCAGUAACCUGUGGGUGAUGACCCCGCGGCAUAACCUGGGACUCCAGUUGAGCGUGGUGACGAGUGAUGGUCUCAAUAUCAGCCCACAGGCGGCGGGUCUAGUGAGCCGAGACGGCCCUUAUGACAAGCAGCCCUUCAUGGUGGCCUUCUUCAAGGUGAGCCAAGUCCACGUGCGCAGCCCUCGGGCCACCUCCAGUCGGCGCCGCCAGCAGAGUCGCAACCGCUCCUCCCAGGCCCAGGACGUUUCCCGGGCCUCCAGCGCCACAGAUUACAACAGCAGUGAUUUAAAAACAGCAUGUAGGAAGCACGAACUUUAUGUGAGCUUUCAAGACCUGGGAUGGCAGGACUGGAUAAUUGCACCAAAAGGUUAUGCAGCCAAUUACUGUGACGGAGAAUGCUCUUUCCCCCUCAAUGCCCACAUGAAUGCCACAAAUCAUGCAAUUGUACAAACGCUGGUUCACCUAAUGAAUCCUGACUACGUCCCUAAACCAUGCUGUGCACCUACCAAGCUAAAUGCCAUUUCUGUUCUUUACUUUGACGAUAACUCCAACGUCAUUUUGAAAAAAUACAGGAAUAUGGUCGUAAGAGCUUGUGGAUGCCACUGACAUAAAUGCCAACUUCUCGCUUAGGGGCCAGCUCUGCAAGCCCACCUUGGAGUUCUCGAUUUCAUCUGCCUUAAAAGAGAGAAGAUGCAGUAGCACCUCUGCUGGCUGAGGUGGAAGAAACUUUCAGAGUCUUACAGCUUGGUGGUUUACCACCUAAGGAAGAAUGAAAAGACUGCACAGAUACUUGCUUGCUCAGUACAUACUGUUGAGUAGGUGCCAGCGGGGAGGAAAUUCUAUCUGGAGCUACAAGACGGUGAGCAUUGCAAAAACUUGACUUUGAAGGGUUUUCCAAAGAAAAGUCUGCCAAAAUACAUUUGUUGUAGCUUGGAUCAAGCUAUCUGUGGCCUUAGCACUUAGAACUGGGAGAAUAAAGUUGUUACCUGCACUGCAAAGCCAAAGUUAAGGAAUCAGCCCAGCGUUAUUUUAAAAGGAGCGGGGAAAUUGACCCUCAAUGGUAGAUUUAAUUCGGAGAUACUAUUUUGUGCAGGACAGAAACCCCAAACCAUAAAAUAGGGAUCUGGAAGUGCCUUCUGUUUCAGAGGACAAUCCUUAUUAAUCAAGAUAUUUGGGAGGACAGCGGGGAGGCAGAGAAGGAGUUCUGUUUCAGAUGAUAUUGCUUCAGCCAGAACUUUUUGCUAUCCACUCCAAUGAUCUCUCCCCUUCAGAAGCAAAAGGGGACAAGGGUUUGGGCCGGUGAACCGCCCGACCCUGAGUUUAGCCACAGUCCAGUUGGUUCUCCUAUAGUGCAGCAGGAUACGUUCCUGAAGAACCCCAUGUUAAGGAACACUUGCACUGUAGCAUGUCUGCUCGACCCAUGCCGCACAUACAUGUGCAGCACAUAAAUGGGCUUCCCAGAGCCCACCCUGUCCUAGCCAGACACCUGAUGUGAGAAGAACACUGCGGGGUCAGUCGAGCUAGCUAAGUGAGCUUGCCCAGUUCCCCAAUUCUCCAAUGGGGCAUAAUGAAAAGACUUGUUCUAGAAGAACUGACUGUAUAUGUGAAUUUUGCAGCCAGCCCUCCUAGGUUUGUGGAGCAUCUGCUCUGGCUAUACGUCUUUUUUUAGAAGCAGUUCUUUUUGACAAUGUAACUUGUGAAAUAUCACACUUUUCCUGGAACUUUUCCCAUUUGAAAAUGACAUCAACUGCUGGAAUGCUGAAUCCAAAGUCCCAUCAGUUCUGGCAUGUUCACCGCCUUUUGCAAUAUAGAGUGCAUAUCUUGCAAUCAGGGCUAAUGAAAAAUAAGUAUCACUGAAAGUCUGGCUCUUGACUUAGGGAAACAGUUUUCCCGCACAAGGGGCUGUUUAUGAAGGGUUAGGUGACUUUUUUUAAAAAUAAACUAAUGUCUUUUUAUAGAUUUUUGAGACAAAAAAUUUACAUUCAUAUAGAAAGUCAGAUUCAGUCAAACUAUUUUAGAAAUUAUUUUUGUCAACCGUGAUUCUAGAAAAUCUUUAAUCUGUUUCAUACUAAACUUGUUAAAUGCAUUUAUGGUUUCUAACUGUUUGCACUUAGUUUUUUGUAAAUACAAACCUAUAAUUUAUUGCCAUUUUAUUAUAUCCAUUUUGCUGUAUCAUUUAUGGAAAGACUAGACUUUUAAAAAAGAGUUUAUUUAGAAAAUUCAUAGUGUAAACAAUUUGUACCACUUUUUUAUACAGGAAACUAAUGUUGCAAAAAGCUCAAGCCUCUCACUGAGCAUUGUGCUUCUGUAGAAAGUUUUUAAAAGCCCAUUUGUGAACCAUACAUGUUUAAUAAAGUAUCCUUUAUGACAGAAAAA